AUGGUCGAGAAGACGUACAAGCUGACGCGGGUAUACGUCUUCUUUGGAGGGGGCUCAAAGCUGUCCUACUUUCUGCUGGCCCUCAAGGCGAGAGGACUGCUGGAGCAGGGCGAGUACGUGAUCAUCUCCGUCGACCUGAAUGAGGACUUCAAGGACACGACGGACGAGGGUCAGCUGGAGAGCCAGAAGGCGAAUCUGUUUCUCAACCACCGCAAUGACUGGUCACAGCACGAGAAGGAGGCGAUCAACGAGGCGAUGAAGUCGCUGCUGGUGGUGGCCAGACGGCCCGCCGAGUCGCCCAACUACAAGGUCUUUGAGGAGAAGGUCCGCCAGUACAACAAGGCGCCGCCCUUCUGUCUGAAGGACCUGAAGAGCCUGAAGAGGCAACGGUCACUGCCGUCCUCGUCCUCAUCAUCGUCGGGCACUGAGGAGAAGGUGAACAUGCAGCGGUACAUUACCCCCUACGCGGCCAAUCUCUACGAUGCCGUCAUUCUCUACGCGGAGAUACUCUCUGAGAUGUUUCGCGACGGCUUGAACGAGCACGACGGUCGCGAGAUCACCCGACGCAUCAUUCGCCGAGGCAAGUACCAGUCGGUGACCGGAGCUCUAAUGCACAUUGACCAGAAUGGGGACGUCCACGGGAACUACACUGUCCUGCAGCCGGCCGGCUUCUACCAGCCGUCAUCACAGCUGGUAGCUGGCAACUCCAACAGCAGCAGUCACGACCUUAUCGGCUCACCGCCUCCUGACAGCCGCAAGGAGAUCAUCAAAAUGAACCGCGUGGGCACCUUCUUCUUUGACGAGAAGACGGACCGCAACAUCUACCAGCCCAUUCGGGAAAUUGAGUGGGUGAAGCCGACGCACGUGCCGCUGGACGAGCCGCCCUGCGGCUUUGACGGCAAGGGCUGCGACAAGGGCAACGUGGUGAAGCUGCGGGAGUAUGUCACCGUCGUGCUCGGCAUCAUCUUUGUCGUCAUUUGCAUCGUUGUCUACUUCAUGUACCACAACUGGAAGUACGAACAGGAGAUUGACGGUCUGACGUGGAAGCUCCCCAGCAAGGAGAUCACCUUUGGCGACGUGGACUGCCGCCGGGACCUGAGCGCCAGCAGGGCCAGCCUGAUCAGCACCGGGUCGAUGGCGCAGGCUCGGCUGAGCGACCACGGGCUGACCAACCUCGCCAUCUACAAGAACGCCCACGUCUCUGUGAAGAGCCUCAACUUAAGUUCGAAGACGAAGAAGAGCAGCAAUGUCUUUGAGUGCCUGAGCAGGGAGGACAAGAAGGAGAUCAAGUGCAUCAAGGAGAUGCACCACAAGAACAUCAACCCCUUCAUCGGCGCCUGCCCCAACAUCGAGUGUCCGGGGGCGCUGUGCAUCAUUUCGGAGUACUGCACCAAGGGCUCGCUGAGGGACAUUCUCGACGAUGAGAAGAUGAUGCGCCUCGAUGAGCUCUUCUUCGCCUCACUCAUCUACGGCAUCAUGUCGGGAAUCGCGUAUUUACACAAGAGCGAAAUAAAGUGCCACGGCAAUCUGAAGACGACUAACUGCCUGGUAACCAGCCGCUGGGAAAUAAAGCUAGCGGACUUUGGCUUUCACAAGCUGCGUGAGAUAGCCGAGGUGGAUGCCAAGCACGUCAACUACAAACGCCUGUGGAAGGCGCCCGAGCUGCUGCGAAACAUGGCCGAGUUUGCCGCUGCUGGUGGAUCGAGCACCAGCAACAGCAUUGCCACCACGACAAACACCGUCGCCGUGGCGCUGUUGGCCGCCACCACCAGCCACCUGCCAAAGGAGACCCCCGAGGCGGACAUUUACGCCUUUGGCAUCAUCUUCCACGAGAUGCUCGCCAGACGGGGGCCCUUCUGCAUGAAGGACCACGACCUGGCCACGGAGGAGCAGGAGGAGGAGUGGGCCGGGGAGGUGCUGCGGAAGGUGGUCGCAUAUCAGCCCGGUGGAAGUGGAGAGGCAGGCGCUGUUCGCCCCUUUCGGCCCUCGGUGGCGGAGAUGCAGGUCAACAAUGACAUCAUCGACAUCAUCGAGGAGUGCUGGCACGAGCAGCCCUCUGAGCGGCCCAAGAUUGAGCCCCUGCGGAACAAGGUUCGUUCCUGCCCCAAGUUUAAGCCGCCGCCGGGCAAUCUGAUGGACAACAUGAUGAAGAUGAUGGAGAAGUACCAGUACCAGCUGGAGGACCUGGUCGAUGAGCGCACCGAGCAGCUGAUUGACGAGAAGAAGAAGACGGAGAUUCUCUUGCACCGAAUGCUGCCGGAGAGCGUGGCGAAGCAGUUGCUCGUCGGGAACAAUGUCGUCCCGGAAACCUUCAGCGAG